GCCUCUCCAAAACAACUUCUGCUUGUGCCUUCAUUUUCAGCCCACAGCACUCGCAACCAUGUCGUUCGGAAAGCUUUACAGCUACAAUGGCAACCCUCGCACUACUGCUCUGCGGGUGGUCGCAAAGGAGAACAACCUCGACCUUGAAUUCGUCGAGACUGUUCCCGCCGACGGCGUCUCUGAGGAGUACCUGAAGCUCAACAAGCUCGGAAAGGUCCCCACCUUCCAGGGCGCUGAUGGCUUUGUCCUCAGCGAAUGCAUCGCCAUUGCCGUGUACCUCACCUCUCAGAACGAGAAGACCACGCUUCUGGGCAAGACCAAACAGGACUAUGCCUCCAUCCUGCGCUGGAUGUCCUUCGCUAACAGCGAGAUCCUCCCGCCCCUGGGUGGCUGGUUCCGUCCCAUCCUCGGCCGUGACCCCUACAACAAGAAGAACGUGGAGGACUCACAAAAGGCCGCCCUCAAGGCCGUCCACGUCGUCGAGGAGCACCUACUUACCCACACCUACCUCGUUGGCGAGCGUCUGACUCUGGCCGAUAUCUUCGCUGCCAGCAUUCUUGCCCGUGGCUUCCAGUACUUCUUUGACAAGAAGUGGCGUGAGGAGAACCCCAACCUCACCCGUUGGUACGAGACGGUCUACAACCUGCCCAACUACACUGCCGUUGCCGGCAAGCUCGAGUUCAUCGAUGAGGCUCUGAAGAACGUUCCCCCCAAGAAGGAGGCUGCACCCAAGAAGGAGGCUCCCAAGGCCGCUCCUAAGCCAAAGAAGGAGGAGGCCGCCGAGGAAGAAGAGGAGGAGAAGCCGGCGCCCAAGCCCAAGCACCCCCUGGACGCCCUCCCCCGUGCUACCUUUGUUCUUGAUGACUGGAAGCGCAAGUACUCCAACGAGGACACGCGUGAGGUCGCUCUCCCCUGGUUCUGGGAGAACUGCAACUUCGAGGAGUACUCCAUCUGGAAGGUCGACUACAAGUACAACAACGAGUUGACCCUCACCUUCAUGACCUCCAACUUGAUUGGCGGCUUCUUCGCUCGUCUUGAGGCCAGCCGCAAGUACAUCUUCGGCGCUGCGUCUGUAUAUGGCCAGUCCAACGACUCCAUCAUCAAGGGUGCGUUCGUCAUCCGUGGCGACAACGCUCUUGCUGCUUUCGACGUUGCUCCCGAUUAUGAGAGCUACGAGUUCACCAGGCUCGACCCCAACAAGCCUGAAGACAGGGAGUUUGUCAACGACCAGUGGGCGUGGGACAAGCCCAUUGUCGUUGAUGGCAAGACGUACGAGUGGGCUGACGGCAAGGGUUCUGGAGGAGGUCCGUCUGAAGACAAUGUGACCGGCUUCUUGGUUCGCUCCACCGCAACCAACUGGUCCAAGAACUCCUUGUUGGCAGUGGAUGCAGGCUCCCACCUUGCUGCCAUCACGCGCAUAUUAGAGAAAGACUUUCCACUGGUCGCAGACCCCCCGGAUCAGAGACCACCUCGGGCACCAGCACCACGCAAUGGUCGAGGGAACGCGUACACCCGUGCAGCAGACGAGGGAUCGCCUUCCCCCAAGACGACCCGCUUCCCGCUUCCAGAUGACGAGUCGAGCAGCAGUGGCACAGAGUCUUCAUUUGAGGAGCCAGAGCCGGUAUUCACAACGUUAACCUCAGGAGCUUUCGCAGGCCUCCCCUUUCCGCAUGCGAGUGCACGAGCAAAUGCACUGCAUGUGGUGAGAGAACAUGUGUCGACCUGGCUCAUAACACAUCCUCAUUUAGACCAUGUUUCCGCCUUUGUGAUCAACACCGCAGCCUUCCACAACACAUCUCGACCGAAACGACUGGCAGCGUUACCUUUUACCGUGAAUGCAAUCAAGACCCAUCUCUUCAACAACAUCCUCUGGCCUAAUCUGACCGACGAAGACGGCGGCGUAGGCCUCGUUACUUUCCAGCGCCUAGCCGAAGGCGGGAACAUCGCUCUCGGCGAAGGCAGCGGGAGCGGCUACAUCGAAGUGUGCGACGGCCUAGGCGUGCGCGGCUUCAAAGUCAGUCACGGGAACUGCAUAGGCGGUCCUGGAUCCAUCCAUCGCAACUCCAACGUCCACCCGGAAACCCCAGGCCUGUCUCGCACCUCGACGUAUGCGCACCAGGAUGGCACAAAGGUUGAAGGCCGCGACGGCCGCUCCCUGAGCUUCUCUCUCGCUGUGCAGAGCGGACCUGGCACGCCCCUGAUCACCGGCCAUGUCUCUGAUCAAGGGCGGCAGGGAAGCGUUGCUAGCGUCACUGCUACGACGCAGGCUGACGCAAACGUCAUCGACUCGACGGCGUACUUCAUCCGCGCAGAAGCAGUGCAUCAGACGCCGUGCAGGGAGAUUCUGAUUUUCGGCGACGUGGAGCCCGAUUCCAUUUCGCUGUCCCCCAAGACGGCGCUCGUGUGGGCGGAGGCAGCGCCCAAGAUUGCGUCGGGGACUCUCACAGGCAUCUUCAUCGAGUGCAGCUACACCGAUGCGCAGGGCGAUGCCGUCCUAUACGGCCACCUAGCGCCGCGGCACCUCCUCGCCGAGCUACAGACUCUAGCCGACAUGGUGAAGGAAAACCGAAAGGAGCAUCAACGCGGACGGGAAGAGGCGCGCAAAGGCCGCAAGAGAAAAAGAGCUAGCCACGGAUUGCUAGGAGGCACGACCACGCAUCUACAUGUCGACGGCUCCGUCUCCGACGGCGGCGACGGCGUCGGCAGGAAGAGCAGCCGUACGAGGAGCCUGCUCGCGGAGCGCGAGCGAGAGGCGCGCAACGCGAGAGAAGACGAGGUCAUGACGGACUUUGCGCCGAGCCCUGCGCUGCUUCCCCAGCCUUUGGCGACUCUGACUCCCUCCGCUGUGCAGAGUACGCCCAAGUCAGCGCCCCUUGCGCACCCGGCCCUCACGCCACUGAGCAACCCCGUGCCUACCCCUACCCCGCUGAACCUUCCCGCCGUGUCUGCAGAGCAUACGCGGGCGCUGUUGACGGCAGCGCAUAUGCACGACGUGCCGCCUCUUAAGGGAGUCAAGGUCGUGAUCAUCCACGUGAAGGAUGGGAUGGCUGAUGGGCCGUUGGUCGGGGAGCGGAUAUUGCAGGAGCUGAGGGAGGGCGAGAGGGCCUUGGCAGAGGUGGGAAGGGGACUUGGGUGCAGUUUCGAGGUCAGCAGGAGUGGGGACUGUUAUUGGUUCUGAGGGAGGAAUAUCUCGAUUUGCUGCGAGAACAUGCUAUUUGGCAGUGUUUGUUUAGGAGGCGGAGAUUGAAGUUGUACUUUUUCGGGGAGGGCAUGGAGUGGAUGGGGGUGGCUUUUCUGGGCUUGAAAGGCCUUGGCUGUUUUCUGUUAUGAUUGGGUUGUUGGGGUUGGAGUUGUUGCUUCAUACUUCAUGAUGGACGGAUAUGUCUUUCUGAUUUUUGGGUUUGGGUUGAGCGGGAUGGGGUGGGUUCAGCGUUGUUAGAUCCAGCCGGUCGCGUUGGCCGCGGCCAUUGAUUGUAUAUUACGUAGACGACUGAAUAUGCCGUUGAUCAGGUGAAAUAGUAGGCCCGAGAUCCGG